AGGGGCGGGAUCCGGUGCUCGGUUUGCAGCCGUGUAAACGAGGCCGGGGCGGGUCCAAGGCGGGGCUGGGAUCACAUGAGCGGAUGCGGCGAGGAGCGGUAGCUGGGCCUGAGCGAGCUAGGCCGGCCCGCGGACAUGGGGCAGGGGGGGAGCCAGCCUCCCCCGGAGGAGAGGGUGCGGCCCAUUCGGGAAGCCCUGGACGGGGCGCGGUAUGAGCGGCGGCUGCAGCAUCUCGCUGUUUUCGGGGAAAGGCCGGGCGGGACGCGCCCGUCUGCCCCGGCCCUGGACCGGCUCCCGGACGCGCUGCUGGCGCGGAUCCUGAGCUGGGUCCCGGGCCGCGACCUGCUGACCCGCUGCCGGCCGGUGUGUCGCCGCUGGCGGGACCUCAUCGACGGGCCCACGGUCUGGCGGCUGCAGGGCGAGAGGCGGCCGGGCUUGGGGGCCACCCUGGCGGCCGCCCGCCUCUGCCCCCCGCCGCGGUGGAGCCGGAUCUGCCUCCUGGAGCCCUUCGGGCGCAACCUGCUCCGGAACCCCUGCGGGCAGGAUCAGUUCUCUCACUGGCAGGUGCAGCAUGGGGGCCAUGGCUGGCAGGUGGAAGAGAACCGCUGCCCGGUCGAGGGUGCCCCGGCCCAGACCUGCUUCGUCUCAUCCUUUGGCUGGUGCGUCAAAUCGCAGCUGGUAGAUCUUCUAGAGGAGGGGUUGUGGGAAGAGCUGCUGGAUACCUACCAACCAGAAAUCUACAUCUCCGAUUGGUGGGGCGCCCGGUUUGACUGUGGCUGUGAAUACUCCAUCUGCGUCAAGCUCCUGGCUGCCAACAGAAGUACUGUAAUCGCUGAAUUCCAGGCCAACCCCGAUCCCGUACAACAAUGGAAUGACCAGCAAUAUCACCAGGUGUCCCACCGGUUCAGGCAGUACGGCCGUGGAGUGCGGUAUGUGCAAUUCCACCACCAAGGGAAGGACACUCAUUUCUGGGCAGGACACUACGGCGCACGGAUCACCAACUCCACAGUCAUGGUGAAGCUCAGCUGAGAGCCAGGAGCGGGUCUCUGCGAAUCUCUCAUGCGAGCCGGAAUGAUGAUCUGCAUUUGCCUCUGCGAGCUCCUCUCCCGUCCUAGAACAAAUCAGGGGGCUGCUUCUCCUUGAAAUUAAUACGCCCCUUUGCCUGAGAAGCUUUUUCAGUCCAUUCUUUCUAGCCAGCCUCAUCCCACGCAGGAUAAAAGAGCACCGUGGUGAAUCUUUAGUGCCUGACUUCGGUCAGUGUGAACCUGCCCCUGGACGGCAGAAGCAACAAGACUUUAAAGAUGGAAACAAUUGGGCUGGUGCCUCUAUUUGGGAGGCUUUGGGAUUGUGUCAUCAGAGCAUGAAGGGGUUAAAAAAAUAGUUGUUUAGGGUGGGGUUUUUUAACCACCACGAUGAGGAAUUUUCAGAUCAGGAAUUUUCAGAUCGUCUCUGCCAUGUUUCUGUUGGGAAGCUGCAGAGAGGUGGGUUGGGAGCUCGCUGCGUGGUCUGUUAAUGGAAGAGUUUUCUGCCAGCUGAUGCCUGUGGUGUUGCCUGUCUGAUGUGUAUCCAGAUUCACAGGUGAGCAAAAUAUACCCUCCUGUCCCCCAUGCUAAUUAGAUUGCAUGGUUCUGGGGAAGGGGGAUUAGAACCCAGCUCCUCCAAGCUAUGGGUAGUGCAGUGCUCAGGAGAAUACCAUACAGGGCAGCCCCUAGACAAAGGUAAAUAGCCACUUGUUGAUUGUCCAGGAGUUUCUGGGGAACGUAACCUUCAGGUCUGUUCUCACUGCACUCGGAUCGGAGCAAAGCCAGGCAGGGUAGACGCUCAGGCCUUUUGCUGACUUAAACCAAGCGUCAGCUUCUGAAGUAACUGACGGGUGUGUAAAUCUGGAAAGACUCCAGUGCAGUGACUCCAGAUUCACCCAGGUGGGCAGGGGGUUAUAGGCGGAGCCGCAGAGCCCACUCCCAGCAGGGGUUGAUGGGAGGCUGAUGGGCAAGACCUUUCUAGAGGACUGGGGUCCGAUUUCUGCCACAUGAGCCAGCGACGGCCUUCAGUGCAUCAGCUGGUCCUGUGUGCAGUCAUCAGGAUGGAUCUUAGCCCUACUAGUACAGACAGGCCAGAACUGAGUGAGCGAGGAAUGAGGCCUGCUGACUCCAAUUUACUUAGGCCUGAUUUACACCGGAGAGAAGGAGAAGGGAGCUAGGGUAGCUAUUGAGUCCUAGCGCUGAGCAACCUCCCAACCCGUUCCCUUGGUGCGCAGAGAGCCGGGAUGGAUGGUGGCCCUUUGGGCCAGGCUGUUAUUGUUUAAAAUGACCCCACGGGCCUGGGCUGAACUCCCCGGUAGGUUAGUUACUGAGAGAGCUAACGGGUUUCCUGUUGGCCUGAGUUGUUUUUAUUAAUAAAAGGGCAUGGAAAAUUUGAGCUGGUCCCUCAACGGAAAAGAGGGGCCAGGGAAUGUAUUAGCUGGUCAUUUUCACAGGGCUCUGUCCCCAAAUGGAGUCGCUGAAGAUGAUACAACCAGCUGUGCAGCAUGUUACUGAAGAUUCAAGUGCUUUUCUGAA